AUGAAGGAGAUAGAAUCUAUGGUUGAAACGUCCAGAAGUCAGGAUAUCGAUUUAAUGGAAAUAUCACCUAUGAUAUUUAAAAGCUCUCUGUUUACUCAGAAUAAUAUAUCAAAAAAGCGUACUAAUAAUCCCAAAUUAUUUCCAGAUAAACCAUCUAACAAAAAAGCAAAGAAGCUGAUUAAAAAAGAAUCGUAUAUAUUAAGAGAUCUUAUAAAUGAAUUAUCUACCGAACCUGAAACUUUACAAGUUUCUGUAAUUAGAAAAGAAAAUGCAGAUAAUUUUAUCGAUUUGUAUAAUAAUAUAACCUAUGCAGAAACCCAAAAUGAAAUUACAAAUCGGGAU